AUGAAAGUACCGCCCGCUCCAUCUGUUGGAUCAGGGGCAGCGGCAGGACUUUUGAUUUAUGAUGCUGUUGAGGCUGUCAUUGCCGGCGUCCCUGGGUAUGCAUACGUACAAACAUGCAGCACAGCAACCAUGAUGGCUGGCCCGGGUCCUCUUAUCGCAGAGCAUCUAAGCCAAGGCUGUUUGAAGAAUAUAGUACGGUCAAUUCAUCCAUUGUGGAGAGCAGCCCAAGGACCCGGCCCAAUGAGGUCAACGGAAUAUCAGGGGUAG